UCAAAAUCAAUAUAUAUAUAAAUACCAAUGUUAUACACAAAUAUAUGAAACUUUGUUUUGCUUAAAUUUCUUGCUUUAUAUAUAUAUAAAUAUAUAAUAUUAUGAAGAUGAAGUUUGAGAAUAUGGUGAAAAGUGAAGGUGUUGUUAGGGUUUUAACAGUUUUGAUUUUGGGUUUGGGAGCUUGUUUGGUUGGUUCUAAUUCUCAAACCAAAGUAAUUCUCAUUAGGAAAACAGCUACUUUCAAGGACUUGGAAGCUCUCUAUAUUUCACUAUACAUAUAUUGUAUUGGGGCUGCAUACAAUCUACUUAGGGUUUGUAAUAAUUGCUUCCAUGGCAACUUCAAAGGACCCAACCUCCCUUUAGCAUGGGCUGCUCUCUUCUUCGAUCAGAUUAUGGUUUAUUUAACGUACGGAGUAACAACAGCAGCGACUCAAGCAUCAAUCAUAGCGAUAACAGGUCAAAAUAAUUUCCAAUGGAUGAAAUUAUGUAACAGAUUUACAAGAUUUUGUAUCCAAAUGGGUGGAGCCAUGGUGUGUGGUUACUUAGCUUGCUUUCUCAUGAUUUUAGUCACAUCUUUCUCUGCUUUUAAUUUAUUUUCCCAUUAUUCACCAAAACAAUUUCUCCUCUUAAAGCCCAUAAUCUCAUCUUCAUGAUCUACUCACUAAUCCAUCAUUAUUAUUAUUAAUUAAUUACAUAUUUAAUGUGUAUGUACAUGCAAAUUGCAAAGACUCUCACAUGAUCUAUUCCAUCUAUGUAUAAUUAGAAGAUUUGCUUAUUAAUUUAA